AUGGGAUCAGGGGACUCAGGGGACUCCUGCCUCAGGUCGAGUCCCACCCGGGACGGACAGACACGCGUCACGUUCCUGCGAGAGGACGCGCGGGGCGCGCGCUCCUUGCACCUCAGCCUGUGGUCCGCGGACAGGAGACUAGUGACCUGCGAGGUGAACAGCAGCCCACUGGCCACGGAGAGUUACCGCACUCUCUGCGGGAGGAGCGAACCCCGGCUGCAGGACGAAGAGUUCACCCGGAGGUUUAACUUCAGCGUGUUGGAAGCUCCGGAUUCUCCCUGCGCGCCUUUCUCCUCCUCCAGCGCGCCACAGUUCUCCAGGCGCACCAGAAGAACCGGGACAGGGGGGAAAGUGCGGAGGAAGCGAGGGUGGUUAUUUCCGGGGACGCUGUGGUGCGGCAGGGGAAGUGAAGCGGUCAGAUACGAACAGUUAGGGAUGUUCGAGAACGCAGACAGAUGCUGCCGAGAACACGACCACUGCUCCCACAUCAUCCCUUCUUUCACUGUGAAUUAUGGAGUCUUCAACUCCUACUUCUACACGCUCUCACACUGUGACUGUGACCAAAGGUUUCGACAGUGUCUUCUUGAGGUCAAUGACACCAUUUCUAGUAUGGUGCACUACAGCUUUUUCAACAUCCUGCGGAUCCCAUGCUUUGAGCUCAAACAGCAGAAGCAAUGCACCCUGAAGUACUGGUGGGGAAUGUGCAAAGUAGCCAAAGAGGCUCCAUAUGCAGUCUUUAAAAGCCCACUCCCAUACAACACAUCUGAUGUUUCAAGCAAAUAUGGGGACAGUGCCAACAGGAGCAGCUUAACAAAUAGCCAGCUCCUGUGUGGAAGCCUCAGAUAUCUGGAUGACUGCAAAUACCAAAUCCCUCCUCUGGAGAAGAAGUAUGAUCUGCAGAACAUGGAGUCAAAGACGGCCUACCACUGUGACUGCACCACCCGCUUGGCUCUUCAGAUCAAAAGCUUCAAGCAGCCGAGGGUUCUCCCCACGCUGCUGAUGGAUUUCAUCUCCCAAUACUGCUUCAAACUGCUGAAAGAGAACAAAUGCCGGCAAAGAAAAAGCUGUUCUGGAGGCUUCAUUAAAGCCUCUGACCUACUUCGAACACUGAAGAUGGAGGGAAAAGACAGUGGCGAGGUGCAAAAUUCAGGCAAUGAGAGGAAAAGAGGGAUUCCUGUUCGCCUUUAUAAGCGAUGCCUAAGGCUGCAGAGAGAAGCUGAUAUUAUGGCACAGCUCACAUGAUUACAGACUAAGCUGCUAUGUGCAGCACCGGCAGUGACUUUUAUAAGCUUUAAAUUCAUGCAGCAGAUUCAGUUUCUCU